UAUGUUUACACGACAGCAGAGUUCUUUCCAGUUAAAAUUAAACAGCCAAUCAACUGACAGCGGUCAGUAUUUUUACUUUCUUUGCGCGCUCACGAUCUACACAGCACAGAUGGUCGCGCGCUUCCCUCAUUCUCAUUGUGGAGUCAUCAGCACUGAGGCGGGAUUCGCGCGCGGAAAAGAGUUCGUUAAAAGGAAUAUUCAAAUUCGCGCUUGUUUACUGUGGAGGAGAUUUUGUUAAAUUGAAGUUUGUUUGUUUGUCACGUCGUUACAAUCCGUCAAGUUUACUUGGAGUUAAACUGAGAGAAAGUUCCGUUAAAAGAGACAACUGAAGUGCACUGGAAAGUUCAGCUCGAGUCCUUUUCCUUUCGGUCAGCUUUUGGUCGCUCUCCUCAUUUUCAGUGUUUUUAUUCACAGGCUGACAGAAUGUCUGCUUUUUCGUCGAAAUAGCUUUUCCCGCUCACAUUUGGAGUAUUUUUGGGAUUAAAUCAGUGUGUGUUAUUUUGAGUGUCUUUAUCAGUGGCUUUUCACUGGCGAACAGUUUUAAACAGCUGUUUUCCGUCAGUUUGCGUCUUGAAUCAAUGGUCUCUGCUGGAGACCCUCCACCGACAGAAGUAGUUUUAAAACAUUACUUUCUGCCUGUUUAAGUACGGUUAAACGGGUUCCUGUUGAGAACAUGGACAAAUACGACGAUUUGGGACUUGAGGCGAGUAAAUUCAUCGAGGACCUGAACAUGUAUGAAGCGUCGAAGGACGGCUUGUUUCGCGUCAAGAGAGAUGCGGGAAAUAACCCGGAUUUUGAAGAAACUAGGAGAGUUUUUGCCUCCAAAAUGACUAAAAUACACAUGCAGAAGCAGCAAGAGGAGAUGGCAAGGAACAGUUUGGCAGCAAGAAUGAAUGGAAGCCACGAGAAAUUGUCAGAUAACACAUUGUACACCAAAGACAGACCACCCAUCAACAGUUAUAGGCAGGGGGGUGAAGCAGCAGCCAAACCACCCAUCAUGUCUGGACCAAUGACUGGCACUGCCAGUGUGAAUCCAUACAUAUCUCACGAAGGACAAAAACAUCAUCCAGCCAGCCAAAAUGAUGGAUCCAACAGGGGUUAUGGGAACAGUUAUGACAAUAAGGUGAUUGGGAAUGCUUAUAACCCAGUUCCAGUGCCAGCUGGAGCAGCACCCUCUAGCAGCCCCCCUCGCACAUGGACGUCAAGGAGCAGUCACCCUUCUCAAACACCAUCAUCCCUUCUCUCUAACAGCUCUUCCUCCUCUGGUUCACCUGGAGUCACUCCUCCAGUGUGCCAGGGCUUCCCUCAAACCUUUGCCCCAUCAGGGAAGUCUCUCUCACAGUCGCCCACAGGAACCUACAGGGACGCAUAUCACAAACCUCAGCAGAUCAGUCUGGCACAGUGGUCUACCAGUGGGCAGACAUGUCAAAAUGGGGUUCUUCAUAACGUUGGCACCUCACCUACACAGGUGACCCCACCGCCACUGUCCCAUGGAGAAAAGCAAGGUGAGUCGCCCCAACCCAAGAGCAUCGCCCUAACCACAAGGCAAGGCCAGGGCAGCCCAGCCGUGCCCACUCCCACACCGGUGGCUCCUGUAGAGUCUGCCGAUGAUGAAUGCUCGAGCCCUUGUCGGGCACUCAAACUGCCAUGUCAGACCCUCCAUAUACAGACAGAUCAGGGGCCAUCUGUAGCUGAAAUAAAAUUAGAAGCUCUGACUGAACGCCUGGAAAAGGAGAUGGACGCCCAGCCAAAGGCUGAGUACUUUGGCAGUUGUGUGAAGUGCAGCAAGGCUGUUUAUGGAGCCAGUCAAGCAUGUCAGGCCAUGGGCAGCCUGUACCAUGACAGUUGCUUCGCCUGUAGCGCUUGCAGUCGAAAGCUCCGGGGAAAAGCCUUUUACUAUGUCUCUGGGAAAGUGUUUUGUGAAGAGGACUUCCUGUACUCUGGGUUUCAGCAGUCUGCUGAUAAAUGCAACGUGUGUGGACAUUUAAUCAUGGAUAUGAUCCUGCAGGCACUUGGGAAGUCUUACCAUCCAGGCUGCUUCCGCUGUGCCAUCUGUAAUGAGAGUUUGGAUGGAGUGCCUUUUACUGUGGACACUGAGAAUAAGAUCUACUGUGUCAAAGACUACCACAGAGUUCUUGCACCAAAAUGUUCUGCCUGUAAUCAGCCGAUUCUGCCCUCUGAGGGGUCAGAUGAAACCAUUCGGGUGGUCUCCAUGGACAAGGAUUACCACGUAGAGUGCUAUCAUUGUGAGGACUGUCAUGUAGAACUGAAUGAUGAGGAGGGUCACCGCUGCUAUCCUCUGGAUGGACACCUGCUCUGUCAUGCAUGUCACCUCAAACACAUCGAACCUGCCUCCCCUCAGUCUAAAGCAAACAACUACCACAGUCAGUUUUAAACAUCUGCCACUUCCUUGUGGCUGUUCAGAGAUAUCAGCGUUGCCAAAGCUACUCAACACAUACACUCCAAAAGUCACAACUGUAAUUGAGAUUACAAAAUGUGUACAUGUGUGAGAUUCAUUAUUUUUUCAUAUUUUUUUAUAUCUGAAUUAUUUAGAACAUUACUGUCUAUUAAUAUUUUAUGGUAACACUUUACAAUAAGGUUCCAUUUGUUUACAUUAGUUAACUACAUUAACAUAAACUAACAAUGAGCAAUUAUUUUACAGCAUUUAUUAUUAUCAUAUUAUCAACAUAUAUUUAUUAAUCAUAUUAUUAAACAAAUUAAUUCAUGUUAAUUUAAACAAACUAAUACAUUUUUAAAAUUAAAAGAUGUAUUUUUGAACAUUAGUUAAUGCACUCUGAACUAACAUGAACUAACAAUGAAAUAUUUUUACAAACUAACAUUAAGAUUAAUAAACGCUGCAAACAAAUAUUGUUAAUUGUUUGUUGAUGACAUCUAAUGGAUUAACUAAUGUUAACAAAUGGAAGUUAAUAUGAAGUGUUACUUAUUUUAUUAGAUUGGAUUCCAAAGGAACAUAAUUUAAACUGGCUUGUAUGAAACAAAUGCUGUAAACAAUGAACUAUUGGAUUAUGAAAUAAAAUUGCUACAAAUUUUUGUAAAUAAGACAACGUUACAGCUUUCAUUACAAACAUUUUUGAAUCUGAAUUUCUGCUUGAGUGGCACUUAAAGGAAUAGUUUACCAAAAAUGAAAAUUCUCUCAUCAUUUACUCACCCUAAUGCCAUUCCAGAUGUGUAUGACUUUCUUUCUUCUGCAGAACACAAAUGAAGAUUUUUAGAAGAAUAUUUCAGCUCUGUAGGUCCAUACAAUACAAGUGAAUGGUGACCAGAGCUCUGAAUCUCCAAAAAGCACAUAAAGGCAGCAUAAAAGUAAUCCAUAAGACUCCAGUGGUUUAAUCCAUGUCUUCUUUUUUACUGAAAAUAUAAACUUUCACUUUCACAUUCAGCCACCUACUGGUCAGGACUGGUCAAAGGUGGAGAUUGACAGUAAAAAAAGGACUUAAAUAUUAGGACUAUAAAUAUAGGACUUUAAUAUAAAAAAUCUGUUUCUCACCCACAUCUAUUAUAUUGCUUCAGAAAACAUGGAUUUAACCACUGGAUACAUAUGGAUUACUUCUAUGCUGCCUUUAUGUGAUUUUUGGAGCUUCAAAGUUCUGAUCACUAUUCACUUGCAUUGUUCUGCAGAAAAAAGAAAGUUAUACACAUCUGGGAUGGCAUGAGGGUGAAUAAAUGAUGAGAUAAUUUUCAUUUUUGGGUGAACUGUUCCUUUUAAGGGUGAUCUGAUCCACUUACCAGCCAUAAAACUGUAUUUAGCUUUACUUUUAUAUAAUGAAAAUGCAAUACAUUAUUUUACAUUAUUUAAAAAAUUUAAUUAUAAUCAAAUAGUCACAUUUUUGUGCUUGGCAAGUGUUCAUUUUAGACCCUGAUUUCAAGACUUGUAAGAGUCAGACAAGUUUCAACUACUAUUUUCUUCGAGAUCCUUUGAAAUCUUGUUUGAUCAAUCCAUUGCAUUUUAUUCCAUUGAACAGAAUUCUGGGAAGCCUGCACACUAACUAAUUGGAACACCCAACACCAAGUACUCUUAAUUCAAGAGGCCUUUAUCCUAGAGGUUCACAUACUUUUACCAAUAAUAACAUUGAGCACCUUUCCUUUAUCAGUGUACGGUCAUUUUAAGCAAAACCUGAUCGGCACAUAUCGAUUUUGAUCAUUACCCCGAUUUUGCUCUGCAUUUGAAUGCCUUUACAGGCUUUCUUACCGGCUUAUCUAAUGUGCGCAAGUGUUGGGCGCAUGCCUAUUUACGCUUUUACCCAAUAAUUUCAAACGUGUAAACUUGCAUUGACAGAUUUUUUUUUAAUAAUCUGAUUUUGGAUAGUUAUUAUCAGCGUUUUGCUGUGCAUGUAAAUGCUGCAGUACCAUUUGUUCAAAAAAGAUUUGGCACGGUAGAAUGUUGUGUUGUUUGACAAAUUGGUAGAUGAAUCAGAUCACAAGAGCCAUUCUUGCUGAAAUUAGAUCAUUUCAGUGAGUUACCAACUUUUUCCACAUAACAGCAGAUAAUGGUGAAUUGAUCUUGAAGCCAAAUAUUACUCCAGCAUCACUCACCUCCAUAUUGUCUAAAGUUCCCAUGGGAAAGACCUUGUAAAUCAUUUAUAUGCCUGUUUUCACAGGUUAAUCAGGUGAAAACAGUUGAUUAUGUGCAUAGGCUUAUGUACUUUCUCAGAUGUAUUCAUCUCCGUCAGUAUUACUAAUUUAUCUAUCUGCUCCAAAAGUAGGAUGUGAUCUUAUUUUACAUUUUGUGUUAUGCCAGUGAUUUCUUAGAUAAAACUGAAAAGAUUUUCAUCAAGGUGUAAUAUACCUGAAUCUGUUCAUGAAUAAACACCAAUUUUCCAGACAACUGUACAUUUUCUACCACCUCAGAACCAGUUUAAACACCAUCACAUGAAUCUCAAACCACAGCCUACUUGCAAUGUUUUCAGCCCUCUCUAUGACUACAUUUAUGUGCACAUUUUCUGAUUAAAGUUCAUAUUCUGGUUAAGGUUUUAAUGCUCCACAGCUAUUGGAAUAGCUAUUGGAUACAUGUACACUAUUCUUGUGUACAUGCAACCAGCAUAUUCAGAAUAAACUCAGACAUACACUAUUUUCCUGCUAUUGUCUUCUGGAAAUACUGGAGAUUCUCACUCUUUCCAUUUAUUACUCUGAAUUUAAGUUAUUUCGGGUACUAAAUUCUUAUUCAUGUCCUUAAUAAUAAUAACUCGCAAAACCAAGAGUGUGUGACAUUUGUAGGUCAUGAUUUUUUUUUUUAUAUGUUGGAUGUUCCCGUAGCUCAACUGGUAGAGUAUGGUGCUAGCAAUACCAAGAGGAUCAUAGGUUCAAUUCUCAGGAAACACACAAAAUGAUAAAAUGUACACCUUGAACGCACUGUAAAAAGCAGCUGCCAAAUGCAUAAAUGUAAUUUUAAAAAAUGUGUUUCUCCAACAGCUUGACUUUUCAUAACUCUGUAUCUAAUACCACCCAGAAUUACCAUUGUUUAGACAUGUACAGAAAUAAAUGAAUGUUCAAUUACAGU